UCCAACCUGCGCUGCUUCAACAUGGCUCCGCGACUGUGCAGCAUCUCUGCGUCGGCGCGGCGGCUGCUGGGGGGCCCGGGGCUCCGCGCUGGGGAUUUUGUGGCUGCUGCGUCCGCGCGCUUCUAUUCCAAGGACAAUGAAGGCAGCUGGUUCCGAUCCCUCUUUGUCCACAAGGUGGAUCCCCGGAAGGAUGCCCACUCCACCCUGCUGUCCAAGAAGGAAACCAGCAACCUCUACAAGAUCCAGUUUCAUAAUGUGAAGCCCGAGUGUCUGGAUGCCUACAACAGCCUGACGGAGGCUGUGCUGCCCAAGCUGCACCUGGACGAGGACUACCCCUGCUCGCUGGUGGGCAACUGGAACACGUGGUACGGGGAGCAGGACCAGGCAGUGCACCUGUGGCGGUUCUCGGGCGGCUACCCAGCCCUCAUGGAGUGCAUGAACAAGCUCAAGAACAACAAGGAGUACCUGGAAUUCCGGAAGGAGCGGAGCCAGAUGCUGCUGUCCAGGAGAAACCAGAUGCUCCUUGAGUUCAGCUUCUGGAAUGAGCCACAGCCUAGAGCAGGCCCCAACAUCUACGAGCUGAGGACAUACAAGCUGAAGCCAGGAACCAUGAUCGAGUGGGGGAAUAACUGGGCUCGGGCCAUCAAGUACCGGCAGGAGAACCAGGAGGCAGUAGGCGGCUUCUUCUCUCAGAUAGGCGAACUCUACGUGGUGCACCAUCUCUGGGCCUAUAAAGACCUACAGUCUCGGGAAGAGACUCGAAAUGCUGCCUGGAGGAAGAGGGGCUGGGAUGAAAAUGUCUACUACACAGUCCCCCUGGUGCGACACAUGGAGUCUCGAAUCAUGAUUCCCUUGAAGAUCUCGCCUCUCCAGUGACGUUGCCUCAGCCUCCGCCUCCUCCCUCACCCUCAGGGCUGCCACCAACAGAGAAACGCCCAGCCCUGCUGCCUCGGUUUCUCUCAGAUCUGGGGGGACUCUGGGAAGCAGUGUUCAGUUCAGGCAAGGGGGAGUUGAAGGAUAACAGGGUUCUGAGCACUGGUAGCUCUAACCAGACCUUUCCCACCUCCUCAUCCCUCCCCCUGUGCUGAAAGCAGUUUUUAAUUUCUCUGAAUGAAGAACAACCACCUUUUAUGUCUUCUCAUUCCCCCAAGAUUCUUCACCUCCAGGCCACCAGUCCCUAAUUAUCACGGCAGUCCUCGGUUUAGCUUUAAGUGCACAAAAGAUAGUAUUUCCUGUGGCUUCAGGUGUGGUGGGCAGAGAGCAGGUGAGACCAGCGCUCAGGAAUUCCAUGGUCUCCACUAGGCUACCCCUUUGCUGAACUGUCUGAGCCAAGUCCCUCCUGAUGGGCAAAAGCCUCAAGUUAGCAGUCUGCAGGAGGCCCACAGACUCCACCAAAAAAGGGCUGGGAGCUGGGAGGAUUGGGGACAGGAAACAAAAUGGAAUGGGAACCCAGAAGAUAGAAAUUAGAAUUCAGAACUUGGGUUUGAACUGCAGAAUCUGGAAUACAGAUUUGACAAAAGAUCACCUGGGGAGGGGUUUCUAAUACAGAACAGCUGGAGAGAGGCUCCUUUGUUUCUCCUUCAGUGAGGCAAGAACUUGAAUGUGAAGGUACAUCCCUUUUGCGCUGGUAUCUCCUGCCCUCCCUUCCAAUCUCCUGUUCUCUUUUCCUCUCUCCUGAAAGCAAAAAGCCAGACCAGGGCCUGUAUUUCCCUCACUUGCAUUCUUUUUUCUCUCUCAUAUUCUCUCAGCCCAAUCCUCAUUCUUCUGGGCCUCUGUGUGUGAGAUGGGGUCAGUGGUUAUGGGGCCCUGCUCAGUGACCCCCCACACACACCUCAUGAAACCCGGGGUAGCUUGAUUCUGCUGCCCCUUUAAGAAACUUGUGUUAAAGUUGCUGAUGGAACCAAUUAAAUAUUUACU